UGUGCCACGUUGCCACCCUCUCCUUCGGCAAACGCCAGGCGUCUCCUGUUAGUCCCUCUCUCCCUCUCUAUAUCUCGCCACCCCCAACUUCACAAUUAACUCACUUUCUCAUUUUCACAUAUACACACUCUCCUCAUUACCACCGUUCGCUUUUUUUUCUUCUAGGGUUCCCCAGAUUCUUCAUAAAAUGGCUUUAAUUUAAUCAUCCGAUUAAUAUUUUUUUUAUUUUAAUUUAUGGAUUGAAAGAAAAGUUGGAGCUGAUUUUCGAAUCUGAUUCUGAAUAUUCUACGAUUUUUCUCUGCUUUUUUUUUGUUUUUGUAAAAUCUUAUUUGUUUCCGAUUUUUUUACACAGAGAUCGAUCUGUUUAUGUUCAAUUUUUUUUAGCUUUGAUUAAAUCGUUUAAUUAAGGCUAUAUAUGGAUCUUCCAGCGAUUCACGGAAUCUACUCUUUUGAUUUUUCAAAUUUAGAUGUUAUGCAGUAGCUGCGAAAGGUUUGUGGUUUUCCAAGCUGUGAAUAUUUAUACACACAUUGGGGGAAGGCAAUUUAUCAAACUCGUUAAAAGUUUGAAUGCAACACGUUGCAUAAGUUAUUCUUGGAAUAGUCUGUAUAAAGCGAGGAGAACCAUGAUGGUGGAUACUACUGGUGCAGCUGCUAAAGGACCUGUUGUUGAGGUUUCACAGGAGAAGGAUGAUAAUGGUGGUUACGCUAGCGGAGGAUGGAAAAGUGAAGAUGGAAAACUGAGUUGUGGUUAUUCAAGCUUCAGAGGGAAAAGAGCCACCAUGGAGGAUUUUUAUGACAUCCAAACUUCCGAAGUUGAUGGAAAGACAGUUUGCUUAUUUGGGAUAUUUGAUGGCCAUGGUGGUUCCCGAGCAGCUGAGUUUCUGAAGGGACAUCUCUUUCAGAAUCUAAUGAAACAUCCAUCAUUUUCAACGGACACCAAGUUGUCAAUAAGGGAAACGUAUCAGCAAACAGAUAUGGACUUCUUGGACUCUGAAAAAGAUACUUUCCGGGAUGAUGGUUCCACUGCUUCAACAGCAGUUCUAGUUGGUAACCAUCUGUAUGUUGCCAAUGUUGGAGACUCUCGGACUAUAAUAUCGAAGAGCGGGAAAGCAAUUGCUCUUUCCGAGGAUCAUAAGCCCAACAGAACUGAUGAGCGGAGGAGAAUUGAAAGUGCUGGAGGUGUUGUAAUGUGGGCUGGUACCUGGAGAGUUGGAGGUGUAUUAGCAAUGUCGCGUGCUUUUGGCAACCGGAUGUUGAAACAAUUUGUAGUUGCUGAACCUGAGAUCCAGGAUCAAGAGAUCGAUGAGGAAUUAGAACUACUCGUGCUUGCAAGUGAUGGACUCUGGGAUGUUGUACCAAAUGAGGAUGCUAUUUCACUAGCACAAGCAGAAGAGGAACCAGAAGCAGCUGCUAGGAAGCUGACAGAAACUGCGUUUACUCGGGGUAGUGCUGACAAUAUUACCUGCAUAGUGGUGAAGUUUCAUCAUAACAAGGCUGAAGCAGAGGUGAAGUUUCAUCAUCAUAACAAGGCUGAAGCAGAGGGGAGCCAGCAAGGUUAAAGAGCCUGUCGAAUGUUGCAGCUGCCUUUCUGGAGCAAGGUUGCCUCAAUGGGACUUCGCCAAUGCGAAUUGCUGCUAUAGCAUCAGAAGAGGCCGCCAUUUUUUCAUUCUUUUCUUUGCUAUAUUUUUCCAUUCUGUUAAACUGUUGUACUUGAGGUGUCCGUCUGUCUGUGCAUGCGUGUUUUUUCCGUUUCUAUAGAGGUGAUGUCUGGUUGAACUUUAAAUGUGAAGUGUAGUUCAAGUAGAAAAUAACUUUUUAAGUACUGCUGCCUCGCUGCAUGCAUGGGACCAUCAAAGGUCUUCCAUGCAAUAUGAUCUUUCAAAGAAAAGAAGUUAUGAAGAAUGGCGUUACUUUUUGGAA